CAAUUGCUGAAAAUUGUUUUGCGAUUAGUGAGAUUUUUAUUUGUACGUUAUCAGUGCUAUUCUUCCUACAAAUUCUGACAAAAUAUUUUCCACCGACUUUUUAGUGAGUUUUAAACGAUUUAUGCUUACGUAUAAUUCGUACAAUAAAAAUAAUUAAGCGAUCGCCUAUCUAAAAAUCAAAGCCAACGCGAAAGCUUAUCAAUUACGAGCAUGCUCUUGGUUCGAAGGAACGGAAUACGCCUAGAAAUUCCUCGACACCCUUCGCAUAUACAUAAUCUUACGAUCUGAAACGUCGUGCGAUAAAAUCGUGUUUCCUUCGAUAGAGGGGUUGAGAAAGAGAGAAGGGAAAGGGCUCGCUUAAGGUUCAGCCAGCACGGAAGAAACGUCGAUAUCUCGCGAAGAUAAGGAAACAAGGAAGGAUAUUAAGCCGCGAACCGGCACGAUUCAAUCUCGAUCGUUGGAGAAACGAACUUAAUCGAGCUCGGGGCACGUUGACAUUGUUACCGCUGUUGCCUUUGCUAUUGCUACUAUUUCUGCUGUUACUCUCUUGCUGAAUUGCGUUAUAAAUUUCAUAUCGGCAGAUAUAAAAGCCUGGCAGGAUCGAUCGGAAGCCGCGUGAAUUUCGUUUCUAGUUGGAGUAUUGGAUUUGUUGCAGGCUGCCGUACGCUCUCCGGUUAUAUGUCCUCGUCUACUACGUCAUCGAUCGAUUUAAUGCGUUUCCGUCCGGAAUUAUUUCGGGAAUAUCAAACGCAACGGCGGUCGUCCGGGAUACAAGAUACGAAUAAAAUACACCGUCUAUAGGUACGUCCAACUCCGAAGAGAGAAAGGAGAGGUGGCUUUGAAAGAAGAAAAGAAGCCUCGAAAAAGAAUCGUUAACGACGCUAGUCGAGAAAGUAUGGGAAGGGUUCGAGUCGAUCUUCUUUUCCGACUUUAAUAAUUUUUCCAUUAAUUACACCCUUCGAUCUCGCCGUGGAACUCGUCAGAUAUUCAUGACUCGCUAUUUUCCAUAGAGGGAGAGAGAGAGAGAGGGAGAGAAAGGACGUUAAUUAACCGACUAUCGAAGACUAAUUCGUGAGCCAAGUGAGAAUAUUGUAGAAAGAAAAUAUAGUAAAGAAUACGUUGCUCGAUGGCUGUGUUUUAUAUUUGAAAAGGGAAGAAAAAGAAAAAUUUUGAGAUAGAUGAUUAAGAGGUAAUACCUUAAUUAAGCGUUGAUCGAGUAUGAAUUUGUUAAGACAUUUUCAAUCUUACACGAGACAUUGUCAAGAUUCUUGAAAAAAGAAAUCGAUAUAUCGAUUCUCGCACGAUUAGCUCGACGUUAAACCAAUUAAUUAGCCAUCGACCGAAGCCAUAUUCCGAAAUCUCUCGAGGAAAAAAAGCAAAAGGAUAGGAACGUAGUGAGUACCUACGUGACUACAUACGAAUGGAAAAAGAAAAGAAAAAGGUUAAAUUUCUCCUGGAAAAAUUGUAGUAAGAGAUGCACCGAGAGAGAGAUGCACAAGAGCAGAUUUCGCUCGCUCUCAUAGAAGAAGAAGAAGAAGAAGAAGAAGAAGAAGAACAAGAAGAAGAACAAGAAGAAGAAGGCAAACGUUUGCGAGCCGACGCAACCCCCUGUGCGUUUUCUACCCUUCAAGCGGAGCACCAUCUAUCCGAGUACACAGUAGUAGUAGUAGUAGUAGUAGUAAUAGUAAUAGUAGUAGUAGUAGUAGUAGUAGUAAUAGUAGUAGUAGUAGUAGUAAUAGUGGUAGAGUAUAAGGAUGAGAAGGAGCUAAAGGGAGAAGAAUGGUUCGCGAUAGUAGCUGACUAGAAAUGCGCAAGCGCGUGCCUCUAACUCUGUGCGCGAGCGCAUUGGCGGCUCGGCUCGGCUCGGCUCGGCGUCGACGUCGACGUCGUUUUGCGAGAAAAUUGAUUCUGCGCGAAAGAGGAAUACCCAGAGAGCGAGAGAGAGAGAGAGAGAUAAAGCAAGAGGGAGAACGAGCCACCGACGAGCCGGGGGUCUUCGCACGCUGACACAGAGACAAACUCGGAGCACGAAAGGACGACACUCUUUCGAGGACGAUCGACGAUCUCACAUCGACAUAUUCUCCCUCUUUUCCUUCGUUCAAGAAAAUCCUCCGAAAGAUCUUUCUAUAUAUAUAUCCUCCCACUCCCUCUCUCUCUCUCUCUCCCUCACACACAAUCUCUUCCUCUUUCUCUCUCUCUCUCUCUCUCUCUCUCUCUCUCUCUCUCUCUCUCUCUCUUAACCAAUCACAUUCAAGUGACUCGAUCGCUAUUAUGUAAGGGGAUGUUACCCUAUCGUCCACCAACGUCGUGUGUUUUCGAGUUCGACGAUAAUCAAAAUCACCAAGAGAGACUGUCUUCUUCUUCGUCCGAGUGUCAAGAAGAUUGAGAAUAAGGAAGUUGAGAGGAUCUCGAGUCUCUCAUUCUCUCUCUCUCUCUCUCUCGCAAACACUCACUUCUCCUCUCGCAACGAUAUGCGAAGAGACACGGUGGACGCGAGACGAGAGCAACGACGACGAUCGAGCAGAUACCGAGAAUAAGAGAAGUGGACGUGAAUGCGGUCUGUGCGACUCUGCCGAGGAUACUCCUCCUUCGAUGGAUCGAAAAAUUCUCAUCCUCGCUCAUAUCUUGGGAAUCUGUUCUGGUCUGCGAGAGGUCCGUGUCCAGAUACCGACGGCCGUAAGGAAAGGAGACACAGCCUUGCUGAAUUGUUGGUAUGAUAUAGAACAAGACCCGUUGUAUGCAGUCAAGUGGUACAAAGGGGGUCGAGAGUUUUAUCGUUACGCUCCGAACGAGAACCCAGUCGUCAAGACAUUUCCCAAUGGGAACUUGACGGUAAAGAAAUCGGAGAGCAACGCGACGCAAGUAGCAUUGACCAAUCUCGAGCUGGAUGCUGCAGGCUUGUACAGCUGCGAGGUAUCCGCGGAUGCACCUUCCUUCCACACGGCCAUGAUUUCGGCCACCAUGAACGUCGUCGAAUUACCCUCUCAAAGGCCUUCGAUACACGGACUAAGGAGGAAAUACCGGAUCGACGAUAGACUUCGUUUGAACUGCACAUCCGGACGUAGCAAGCCGGCGGCCAAUCUCACCUGGUACAUCAACGAUCGACAGCCGAUUCCAUCCCACGUGAAAACGUACAGUCCGUUGGACACGAACGAGUCCGAAUGGCAGGUGUCCCAGAUCGGCCUUCAAUUUCUCGUGUCGCACGACCACUUCGUGAACGGCAAGCUGAAAAUACGUUGCAGCGCCUCGAUAUACGACAUUUAUUGGCAGAGCACGGAAGUGAGCGCCGAGGAGGAUCGCCCAAGGGUUAUACACUAUGAGCCCGCGGCGACUAUAGUUGGUAUCAACUAUCUUCAGCCACCUCCGAAUUUUCAAACCGGCCAGAGGAAGCCCGAUGGUCAAGUCGGCGUGAAAGUACUCGGCUCGUCGGCGAUGGCACUGGGAUCCUCGUCGAGUCUCCGAAUACUUUUGGAAUUGUUCGUGUUUCUCCUAAUUGCCAUUCGUUAACCGUAUGAUAUUAAGCGCGCGCUUUGGAGCUCUUUAUAUAUAAAGAAAAAGAAAAGACAAAAAAAAGAAAGAAAGAAAGAAAAAAAAAAAUAAAAUAUUCGACGUGCUUGUAAAGAGAAACGAGGAUUGUGCUUAGUGGCAACCAUAAUCCGCGACUGUCUCUCCUGUCGUGAGAGAGUGGGGGGCAGGUGCAAAAGAUUCGGGCGCACAUAACGAAAUCUCUGGACACGUCGGAAAGGCCUAAAAAAGAAUAGAAGAAGGAUGAAAAUGAAGAUUAUGAAAUCGCCGUCCUCGGCAAAGACGUAGAAAAAGAGAUAUCUUCUGAAAUUGAUUGAUUCGAUCGACGAACGUCCGAAGAUGGUGCUGCGGCUUUUUUUGGUUCGUCGAAUUCUCGAAACGAGAAGACAACUGAAAGAGCAAAGAGGAAAAAGUAUAUAGAAAGGGAAAAGAGAUAAAAGAGAAAAAGAAAAAAAGAAAGAAAAAGACAUAAUGAAACAAUGUAUUUUAUUAGACUCCGUACUUGCUUCCUUUCGGUGAGAUCCAAAAACGUAUGUCUCCGCGAAUACGUAGGUGUAGUUUUGCGUGAUCGUUAACGCCGCGGUCGUAUGUGAAAUCGAUAUAGUUUUUUUUCGUACUUUUAUAAAACUACAAAAAGAGGGACUAUAACUUAUUAAAAUUAGCGUGGCUCUAUGCAUACGUAUACAUAUACAUGUAUCGGUACGUAUAUGUGUGUGUGUAUAUAGCUAUGUACGUAUACAACAUAUAUUAUAUACAUAUAACGACACACAACGUUCACACUCGAGCAUUCACGUAUACAAUGUACUCUUUCUCCGUACGAUUAUCUCGAUGGUAUGCGAAAGGGAAGAAGUGGCAAAAAUAAAUAAAAAAGAGAAACAAGUAUGAAAGAAGAGGCACGUAAUUAAUCGCUUAACACCGUGUGCGACGUAAGAUUGUACCUGAAGCGGAUGUUCGACGGAAAUAUUUUUGUGUUUUCUGUGACGAAUUUAGCGAACUAAGUAUUCUCUUAAAAAACGCUUGUCGAUAUGAUAAAAAUUACGAGCAACGUCGAUGAAGAACCAAGAGAGAGAGAGAGAGAGAGAGAGAGAGAGAGAGAGAGAGAGAGAGAGAGAGGCCGAGGAGGAAAGGAAAAAGGAGAAAAAAAGUUCAAACUGGCUUUUCGUACAUUCCGCACGACAUGGACGGCUUCGACGUUUGAUAAACUCUUCCGUUCAUUCCGAACGAAGCAACUUUCGCGUUUCGUUUCAAUUUCAAACGUCCUCACGUACUCGUACGUAUACGAUUAUUAUUAUUAGCAUUAAUAUAUUAUUAUUGUCAUUAUCGUUGAGUUACGAUAGAAAUGAACGUUAUUUCGCGUUCGGUUCGCGUCCUUUAAAUUGGCCGGCAUUGUCGCCCGAUUCGAUUCCUCUGCACUCUCAGAUUGAAAUAUUCUAACUUUAACAAUGGCGAUUCAGUAACGAUGUUACGAUGUUAACGUAUUAUCAAACUAUUUUUAAUUAUUAUUAUUAUAUAGGCGUUCACGCGUUAAAGGAACGAAAAUAUAAUAAGAUGAGGGGAAGGAGAAGAGAUGAAGGAUCGACGACCGCUUUCGAGUAAAUCGACGACGAGUAAAAGCCGAGGACGAGAGAAGAUCGUUUAAAUUUUUCGAGAAAGAGAGAAAACGUUUCGUGCCGGCUUUGUUUCUAGCAUACGCAUAUAUUUUUUUCAACGACGAAGAUUGCAGCGAAAUUAGCAGGGAAAAGCGACGGAACGAAUGCGAAAGAAGAAAAAUUGACGAAGCGGAAAGGCAAAAAUAAUAAAGGAAAUGAAAGAGAAACUACACGUGUGCCGAUCGCGUACACACACAUACGUUUAAAGACAAACUGAAUAAAAAUGAUUAACGUGAUUAAUAAGGUGAUUGCAACGACUGAAUAUAAUUAAUAUAAUAAUCUUCAAA